CAAUUAAAAAAUUUCAAUUCUUUCUUCUCAAAGCUCUAAUCUUUUGUGCUCCCACUGCUUCCACCUUCUCUCUGCAAGAGGGUUAAAUCCCUCCAUUCCCUCUUUGUUUCAUUUCAUCUCCUCUUUCUCUCUCUGUCUCUGUGAAUCAUGCCUGUUGUUUCAGAUGCUUCAGCAACUGCAGAACGCAUAAAAUGCAGAAGGCCAAGAAGCCAUUUGGGUCAUCUCAUUCAAGAAGCAGAUCCGAACCCGCCAAUCCCUUCGAUAAUCGAGUUCACUCGCUGCAAAUCAACCAUUUCGUCUCUUCUUCUCUCUACUUUCUCCAACAACGCGUCGAAUGAGAGUGUACAGGGUAACGGAGUCAACAUCGGCGGCAGUGGCAGCGGCCGUAGCAAGAAGAAGAACAAUUUCUCUGCGGCUGCAACCUUCAGAGGACUCGGAUGCACCGCCGGUGCGUCGCAGCAGGUUUCGGUUCCGGCGGUGAUUCGGUCGUCGGCGGACUGGCAAGGAAAGAAGGCUAGAAAGAAGAAGCAUAAAAGAAAUAGCACCAAGACCUGUCCUGGGGCUGUUGAUGGUUCUGGUUCUGCUAAUUGCGUUGAUUUUCAAGACGUCUGGUGUGGUCCUGGAAUUGGGUUUUCGGCCGAUGCUGCUGCGUCUGUUGAUUGCGUCGUGGCGAGGAAGAAUGUUUCUUCGAGAGGGAAGAUUGAUGUGGAGAGGAUGACUCACAGAGAGCGUGUAUCCUAUCUUGGAAGACGAACAGUUAACCCAGAAACCAUCUCGUUUCUGGAUAAUGAUCCUGAUAUCUUCCCAACGCGUCCUCCUGCUCCUGAUUCAUAUGCAUCUUCAAGAUAUUAUCGUCAUCUUCGACAUCCUUCAUCCGAAGGUUUUGCUGAGAUAAUGAUGCUUCAAGGAGGUCUGCUAAUGGGAGGAAUGUUAGAUUCACAUGACCAGUUUAGGGACUGGAGACUUGAUGUUGAUAAUAUGUCAUAUGAGCAACUUCUUGAGCUUGAAGAGAAGAUUGGUUUUGUCAACACUGGUCUCAAAGAAGACGAGAUAGGAUGCCACAUAAGGAAGAUUCAAUAUCCAUUUUUGAGUGAAGCAUUGAAGCACCAUAUUAACAAAAAGUGCAGCAUUUGUCAGGAAGAAUAUGAAGGAGAUGAUGAGGUGGGGAAGCUAAAGUGUGAACACAGCUAUCACUUUGAGUGCAUCAGACAAUGGCUUGCACAGAAAAAUUUCUGCCCAGUCUGUAAGCAAGAAGUUGUGGUUCGUCACUAGGAGACUUGACCCUGAUAUUUUUUUUUCCUUUUUUCUUUUUUCAAAAAAAAAGGCCUGCUUAUAUUCACCCUGAAGUUGGUGUAUAGCUUUUCAUAUCUAAUACAAGCGAGAUUCCAUUCUUUGCUUUCAAUCUUCUGUUCGUUGAAUCUUUUAGUCUUUUGGUCUGCUUUGUGAGUUGGCAAUAUGUUAUAUUUGUCAAUGAUGACGAGACUUAACCAAAAUUAUACGGCUUGCAUUUGACUUGGCAAUACUUGUUUAUGGGAUUGUAUUCUGGAAACGGAGAUGGUCAUUGCAGGCUAUACUUAUAUAAUGAAAUUAAUUACUAAUUUAAGCC